AUGGAAAUGCCGGCAGAACGAUGGCAAUCCAUAGACGGCUUGGUCUCAGUGGGUGGUGAUGGGCUUUUCAAUGAGCUUUUAUCCGGAGCCCUUCUACGUACACAGCUGGAAGCUGGUAUGAACAUCGAUGAUCCGGCUACAGAACAAUUACAAACACCUCAUAUUCGCUUUGGAAUCAUUGGCGCGGGCUCAGCCAAUUCCAUAGUGAGCACCGUACAUGAAACGUCUGAUUUUGCCACGGCUGCGGUUCAUAUUGCCAUUGGUGAGAAUUUCCUCCUUAUUUUUUUAUGAGG